AGGCCAGCAGGAAAGGCGGAGCUCCCGGAGUCGGCGGCACUCCUGGAAACUCGUCCGAGCGUUGCCGGAGCAGAGCCGGCCGACGAGCAUGCCGGACGCCACGUUUGCCGGCCACCAGCGACCACUGCGCCUUGCCCGAAAUGCUGGAACGCCGCGUUUGCCCUGGACUCCUCUUCAUCUGGAUGCUGCAGGCUCUGAGCGGCUCAGUUCCCGCAGACGAGGCGUCCGACGCUUGCGGCGUGUCCGUCCGUGACGUGGCGUCCGCUUGGGAUCACGUUCGGCUGACGGUGAGCGCGCGAGGACUUAACUGCUCCUUUGCCGUGUCGUCGGCGGACGCCGGCGCGGAAGAUAUCCAGUGCAAGAGAAGACGGAGCCACGGAGAGCCAGGAUGGAAGGCGGAAGCCAAUUUGACAGGAAGCGAGGGGCCGGGCGUCCAAAAUGGCGUCUUCGCGUGUGAGCUGCGUCACUUGGAAGCAGGAAGCGCAUAUGUGCUGCGCGUUCGGUCCGGCGACAAGCGCCAAGUGGCCAACGUCACCGUGCACACCAGUCCAUCGGCACCGUGGGGCCUGCGUGUGACUUCCAGGUCGAGUGAGAGCCUGGAACUUUCCUGGCAGGCGGGCCCAGGCAGGACUCAGCGUUUCAGGCUGCUUCUGUGGGGACGCUCGCGAGGACCAGACGGUGAUCAUGAUUCGCAUCCGCUGCUGAACGAGACGUUGGAGAGCACCGCCACGAUGCGCACCGUCAACAACCUGACCCCGGGCAAGCGCUACAGUGUUACCGUGGCAACGGAGGCUGGCGGUCUGCACAACGACACGAGCAUCCAAGUUCAGAUUGCGCCGGCCGCCGUCGCCGAUCUGACGGCAGACGCCAACGGCACCGCCUUGCGGUUGUCAUGGCGACGGCCCGAGGGAGACGUAGACGCCCUGGCGGUCUGGCUACGGUCCGACAAUUCGAGCCAGCGACGAACGAAUCUCCGUCCCGACGCCGCUGAGGUCGUCGUGGGUCAGCUGACCCCGGGCGCGAACUAUCACGUGACUGUGAGCUCCUGGAGCGGCGAGCUGCUCAACCGAUCAGAGAUCCACGUACGCACAGCUCCCGCGGAGGUUUCUCUGCUGGCCUUGACGCCCGCCCCCCUGGGGGGUCUCUUCUUGUCGUGGGCGCCCCCCACCGGUCACUGGGACAGCUACGAGCUCGUCCUCCACGACGGCUCACGGGAAAUAGUCAGCACCGUCCUGCACAAGGACGCCGUCAACUUCACCUUCGCCGGGACGGGGCUACUUCCUGGGGGGCGCUACCGUGCCACACUGGCGGUGAAAAGUGGACGACGGGCAACAGAAAACAGCUGUGAUGGAAAUACGUUUCCCGCGUGCGUGCGCGACCUUCACAUCCGCCACGCCGAUGAAACGUCGCUGAGCGCCAUGUGGAACCACGCCCCCUCCGGCUCCCGGGACGCUUACUUCCUGACCCUUCGCCACGGUAACGUCACCGUGGAUACCAGGGGGGUGGAGCCUCACACGAGGGAGUGUACCUUCAACGUGCUGACGCCCGGGAGGAUUUACACCAUCACCGUGGCAACUGCCAGUGGAAAUCUCAGCGCGUCUGUCUCUGUGGAGGGACGGACAGUUCCCAUGGCGUUGAGCGCCAUCACGCUGCAUAGCGUUGACGUGGCGAGCCUCGAGGCGGCGUGGGAAAAACCGCGCGGGGACGUUGACUCGUACGAGCUCACGCUACUCCAUGACAGCGUUGUUGUUCAGAAGCAAAGUGUUCCUGUUCCCGUUGGCUCCGCCUCCUUGCUGCUUUCUGGCUUAACCCCUGGCGCCCUCUACAGACUGGAGGCUGUCACUGUUAGUGGCGGUGUGCUGUCCAAAGUCACAAGUCUGGAGGCAAGAACCACCCCAGCAUCUGUUACCGAGGUAACAGUGGUGAACGGCGGUCGUCCGGACACGCUGCACGUGUCCUGGCAUCCCGCAGGGGGCGUAGUUGACAGUUAUCUGGUCCGCCUGGAGGACGUCGGCGUCGGCGGGGCGGCGGUUCACACGCUGGCCGUUUCGCGCUCGUCCCCGCCCGAGUGCUCCUUCAGCUCCCUGGUGGCCGGACGCAUGUACGCUGUCGUCAUAGCGACCAGGAGUGGCCGCUUGGAGAACGCCACCCGGCUUCACGCACGCACACAACCCGCCACAGUGCAGAACCCGACCGCCGUUCACUCGGCCAGAGACGACUUCCUCAAGGUGUACUGGCGCCCCGCGUCGGGAGACGUGACGGCGUACGCGGUGGCGGUGUCGUACAACCACAGCGUGGUACAGAAGCAAAGCGUCCCGGCAGGACGCAGCGAGUGCGUCUUCGGCUCGCUUGCGCCCGGAAGACUUUACACCGUCACUGUGGAAACGUGGAGCGGCGACCUCGUGAGCAGCGCGUCCACGGACGGACGCACUUUUCCAGCCUCUGUGGCCAAUCUGUCGCUUAGCAACGCAGGACCAGGUGACCUGACUGUCACCUGGAGCCCCGCUCGCGGGGACGUGGAGCACUACGAGGUUACGCUGCUGUUCAACGACACACGUGUGUUUCCUCCGGUCACGCUGAGGAGCGACGUGCGAGCGCACAAAUUCACGUCGCUCACGGCGGGACGCCUCUACAAGAUGGUCGUGUCCACGUUCAGCGGGCCGAACCAGAGGGCGCUGUUCAUUGAGGGGCGGACAGUUCCCGCCACCGUGACCAACCUCCGCCUGGCGCCACGGCGCCACCCCGUGGACUCGGGCGGCGCCCUGGCAGUCACGUGGACCCCGGCGGUCGGCGACGUGGACGUAUACUUUGUCUCGCUGUCCACGACGGACGGCGUUGUGGCGGAAACUCGACUCGUCCCCAAGCACGUGUCGUCUCUGGACUUCCUGGAUCUGAUCCCGGGACACGCCUACAAUCUCACUGUCCAAUCACGAAGCGGGGAGCUGACCAAUAGCAACAUGGCGUCCGGCCGCACAGCGCCGGCCCGCGUGAGCGCCCUGCAGGCGGACAAGGAGCACACGCCGCAUGGCCUGACCGUCACGUGGGAGCGUCCGGCGGGCCGCUACGAUGCCUUCAGGCUGCUGCUCGCCGACCCGUCCGGCGUCCUGCUGGCCAACCGGACGCUGGCGGCCCAGACCCGCGCCCACCGCCUGGACGGGCUGACGCCCGGGAAGUGGUACCGGGUCAGGGUGGUCACGCUCAGCGCCGGCGUGGCCUCAGCAGAGGUGGCGGCCGAAGGACAAACGCGUCCAUCCGCAGUGUCCAACUUGACGGUGACCUCUGCCAACGUCUCCUCUCUUGGCUUCUCGUGGCGCCACUCCGACGGCCACGUUGACGUCUACGAGGUUUCGCUCCUCGCGGUGGCCGACGACGGCCGAAAAGAGGAGCGGGAAGCGGCCGGCGGGACGCCGCGUCGGCAGGUUGCGGGCGAGCCGGCGGGCGUCCAGAAGGUGAAGCCGGGCGUGGACUCGUGCGUGUUUACCGGCCUGCGGGCAGGAAGUCUGCACCGAUUGCAGGUGGUCAGCUGGAGUCGACGAUUGAGCAGCGACUCGUCCGUGCUCGCCAGGACCGCGCCCUCUCCUGUCGGGCGGCUGCAGCUGCACAGCGGCGGACACGCCGACCGGCUGACGACCAGCUGGAGGCACGGCGACGGGCGGAGGAGCGGCUACCAGGUGAUCCUGUCCGACGUCUCCGGCGCCGUCCUGCGAGCCGAGCUGCUGGGAGCGGAGCAGAGCAGUCACGUGUUCACGGGGCUCGCUCCUGGUAGGCUGUACCGCGCCGAUGUCAUCGCCCGCAGCGGCGAGAUGAGUAACAACGCCUCCGCGCUCGGACGCACCACCCCAGCCCCACCCACACACCUGUCAAUCAAGCAAGGCCCAGCCAAUGACACGCUGGAGCUGCGGUGGGCCGGCCCCGCCUCCGGAGACUACGACGGCUUCGCCGUGGCGUGGUCGCCCCCCGACCGCCUGUCCGUCACGCACGCGCAGCUCGCCGCUCGCCUGCUGGCCGGCGCGUUUCCGGGGCGACGGUACAACUUCACCGUGGCGACCGUCAGCGGGGGCGGGACGCCGGUCGGGCCCGUCGUCACCAGCCAGCCAAUCCAGGGAGACUUCACGACAAAUCCGUGCCCGCUGCUUUCCCUCCACUGUGCGCCCGUGUCGUCUUCGUCCGUGUCGUGUUCGUGGUCUCCUCCCGCGUCCGACUUGGACUCCUUCGAGGUCGUGUGUCGUCGUCACGAUGACGGGGAGCUGACGUCGGCGCUGCGUCUGGGGGGCGGAGUCAACACUGUCACCCUGGACCAAUUGGACGCGUUCAGGAAGUACGCGGUGACCGUAAGGGUGUGGUCGCACGGACACGCGAGCGCGCCGGCCACACGCACGGCCGUCACCAUGAUUGACCGCCCCCCGGCCCCACCCCCCAGCGUGAGCGUGGCGACGGCGAAGGUGACGUCGACGUCCAUCUUGUUUCGCUUCAACUGCUCGUGGUUCAGCGACGUCAACGGCGCCGUCAGAUACUUCGCCGUCAUCGUCGCCCAGUCGCACGCCAACGACAUCCUACUGCCAGAGCAGCGCCACCCUCUGCCCUCCUACCGCCACUACAUCAACAACGCCUCCGUCAGGGCCUACCAGAGCGCCUACUUUCUCAACAGAUGCCCGCAAGACACCUACAUCGCAGCCAGCCAGGUGGUGGAGGUCAACUUGGGGGCAGGAGGCGACCGACUGGGCGGGGCCUGUGAUCGUUACCGUGACGAAUCCUACUUGAGUGACAACUACGGAGACUUCUGUGACGGCCCGCUGAAGGAGAGAACUUCUUACAGGCUGAGCAUACGAGCAUUCACACGCCUGUUUGAUGAAAACGACAAAGAGUUUCCUCAGGCGCUCUUUAGCGACACCUACCUGUCCACGCCAUUCCGGACACAAGCAGAGCCACUAGGGGGCGUGGUGGAGGGUCUGAGCGCCAGCAUGUUCCUGUUGGGCGUGACGGUGGCCGUCGUCUCCCUGCUGCUGUACAGACACAGACUAAGGAAAGUCAGGGUGGUGCAGGAGAACCCGGUGAUGAGGAUGAACAUGUGGAAGGAGGUGCCAAAUGCUGCGAUGUACGUAGGGGUCAGGAGUGCUCGUCGCGUCACCAGUCUGGUGAAAGCGAACCACUUUGAGUCUCACGUGUUGAAGCUGCAAGCGGACGCCAGCGUUCUGAUGUCUGAGGAGUUUGAGGACCUGAAGGACGUGGGUCGCAGUCAGAGCGUGGACGUGUCCCGCGUGCCUGAGAACCGCGGCAAGAACCGCUACAAUAACAUCCUGCCGUGUGCGUUGGCUUCCCAUGAUUCCACGCGUGUCAAGCUGUCGUGCGCGGACGACGAAUCGUGUUCGGACUACAUAAACGCCAGCUUCGUUCCCGGUCACAACUUCCGCCGCGAGUACGUGGCCACGCAGGGCCCGCUGCCCGCCACCAAGGACGACUUCUGGAGGAUGCUGUGGGAACACGGCGUGCGCGCCGUCGUCAUGGUGACGCAGUGUGUGGAGAAGGGGCGGGUGAAGUGUGACCAGUACUGGCCGUCCCACAAGGAGGCGCUGUACUACGGCGAGCUGGCGGUCCAGAUGAUGUCAGAGUCGGUCCUUCCCGAGUGGACAGUCCGAGAGUUCAGGAUCUCCUCGGAAAUCGGCGGCCCUCGUGUCAUUCGUCACUUCCACUUCACCGUGUGGCCCGACCACGGCGUCCCCGACACCGCACACUCGCUGGUCCAGUUCGUCCGGACCGUCCGAGACUUCGUGGACCGCUCGGCCGGCGCCGGGCCCACCGUCGUGCACUGCAGCGCGGGCGUGGGCCGCACGGGCACCUUCAUCGCCCUGGACCGCCUGCUGCAGCAGCUGGACGCCAAAGGCACCGUGGACGUCUACGGUUGCGUGUUCGACCUGCGCCUCCACCGCCAGCACAUGGUCCAGACCGAGUGUCAGUACGCCUUCCUGCAUCAGUGUGUGCGCGACGUCCUGAGAGCGGGCAAACUUCGCAGCGACGACGCCAUCUACGAGAACUUCAACCCGGACUUGUGCCGCGAGCUGAUCCGCUCGGGGCGCUGAUGGAGAGGAAGUGUCGCCAUGGAGACAGGAAGUGACGUGUAGAUGGAGAGAGGAAAGAGAAUCCAUUUAUUUUUAUAUUUUAGUUCACAGCCAUAUUUAAAGUUAUUAUUGGAUGUAAAUAUGACAUAAUCAAUAUCAGGAAGUAUAUAUUUGAACACUUUUUACUGUCAGCAUUUGUAAGCUAAUAACACUUGUUUUUGUAUGAUUUUAUUAUUUUAGUUGACCCACAAAAUUAAGAAAAAUGUCACUACUUCAAUACAAUUAUCUUUGUUGUGUGA